AUGUCCCAGGCCGGUCCGGGCGCCGUGGCCGCGCUGGAGCCCCCGGCGGUGGCGACGCUGAAGCGGGCGGUGGAGCUGGACUCGGCGUCCCGCUUCCAGGAGUCGCUGGUGUGUUACCAGGAGGGGAUCGACUUGCUGCUGCGGGUGUUGAAAGCUACAAAAGAUGAAACAAAAAAAGCUCACUACAGACAAAAAAUAUCUGACUACAUGGAGAGAGCUGAAGCAAUUAAAAAACAUAUUGAAAAAGAAAGAGAAGAUGGUAAAUACCACCAGCAAAUUAAAAUUGAAGAAAAUGCAACUGGUUUCAGCUAUGAGAAGGUUUUCCAAGACUACCUUAAUGAGACUGUUACAGAAGUUUGGGUAGAGGACCCAUACAUUAGACACGUUCACCAGUUCUACAACUUCUUACGAUUCUGUGAGAUGCUUGUUAAGGGGCCCUGCAAAGUGAAAACUAUCCACCUCCUCACUUCCUAUGAUGAAGGCAGUGGAAAGAGUCAGCAGACAAGUAGUCUAGAAGAAAUAAAGCAAUCACUAAAGAACUAUGGAGUAACACUGAAUGUCUCAUUUUCAUCUUCAAUUCAUGAUCGAGAAAUAAGAUUCAACAAUGGAUGGAUGAUUAAGAUUGGAAGAGGGCUUGAUUAUUUUAAGAAACCACAGGGUCGUUUUUGCCUUGGAUACUGUGAUUUUGAUUUGAGACCAUGUCAUGAAACAACAGUGGAUGUCUUUCAUACUAAACAUACAAAGAAAACAUGACCAAAUAUUUCUGUUAUUUAAUUACUGCUUUUACAAGCUUUAAAUGCCUGCUUUUAAUUUCUCUCAAUUACAUGCAGUGUACAUUUUUUAUGGAAUAAACUAUAUUUUUUUA